AUGCGCACUCUCUCAUUGCCAUCACCAUGUCUAUCUUCUUCUCUUCACACCAACAAUUCCACGUUCAGUAAUCGCUUAUUCUCUUCACCUAUUUCUUCUUCAAUCAGAUGUUUUCGCCUCCUAAUACCGCAUUCUUCUCUCAAACAGACCAAAAAACAACCUACUAAGAUCAGUAACAGUAAUCCAUCUCGGUUAAAGCGUUUGUUUAACUCCAAAGGGGAAGAUGAUAAGAGGGAUGCUGAGAAGAAUCGAAGAAGAGAAUCUGAAUCUGGCAAACGGGGGAAGGAUGAUGAUGAUGAUGAUGGUAGUACUGCUUUGAAGGGUACAAUUUUGGCCGGUGUUUUGCUUGUUGGUUUUGUCGGGGGUUUUGCUUCGGUUGGUUAUUUCUAUAGAGAACCUAUUAAUUCUUUCUUGAAUCAGUUCUCUGGCUUCAUUGAAGGUUAUGGUUCAGCUGGAUAUGCGUUGUUUGUAGCUGUUUAUGCUGGAUUGGAGAUCCUUGCUAUUCCUGCCAUUCCCUUAACCAUGUCAGCUGGACUUCUUUUUGGAUCUGUUACUGGCACUAUCAUAGUCUCUAUCAGUGGGACAGUGGCGGCUAGUGUUGCUUUUCUGAUUGCAAGAUAUUUUGCUCGUGAGCGCAUUCUAAAACUAGUAGAAGGAAACAAGAAGUUUCUUGCUAUUGACAAAGCAAUCGGAGAAAAUGGCUUCAAGGUUGUGACUCUGCUUCGUUUGAGCCCGUUGCUGCCAUUUUCUUUGGGGAAUUAUUUAUAUGGAUUAACAUCUGUUAAGUUUCUUCCGUAUGUAUUGGGAAGUUGGUUGGGGAUGCUUCCAGGAACAUGGGCUUAUGUUAGUGCAGGUGCUUUUGGAAGAGCAAUAAUCCAAGAAGAAUCUGAACUUAGUGCUCUUGGAGGAAACAAUCAGCUACUGACCCUUGGGCUUGGACUAUUCGUCACCGCAUUAGCUGCUACAUAUGUCACGAAACUUGCAAAGGAUGCUGUCAAAGACAUCGACGACUAG